GCAGCGAUAUAUACGUACAUAAUAUAACAGUUGUGCUUCGGCAAUGUGUUAAUAUUGUUGAACGGAUUCGUUUUUCGAUUGUAUUAUCUGCAAAUAUAUAUGACACAAAUGGUUUUAUACGAAAAACUUAGUAAUAGAAAGUAAAAGCGUCCUUUGUAUUGUAUGUUUAUACUAUUUAUAACAUAUGAGUGACAAUAGAAGUGUGAUGAUGGAGGACAACUCGGAGGCCCAGAUGGAGACGGACGUGUCGUCGACUACCACUGACGCCACAGACAUGCAAGAAAUAUCUGGAUCUAAUGAUGUAGUAGAAACUAUUAUAGUUAUAGAGAAAAUGCAAGAAGAUGAUUCCCCAGAUUCAGUGCAGCAGUCAGCAGAUAUAGAAAACGUUGUGACAAAUGACUGUGUUCAGUCGACUCAACCCUGUGAAGGUACUUCUAAAAUACAGACUGACUCAUUACAUACAUCAAUUACAAACUCUCCCCAGAAAGAUAAACAAGAAGAGGAAGUCACAGAAUCCAAGGUGAUGUCACCCUCAAUUGUUGAGAUGAGUCCAACUAAGUCAACAAAAUCACCAUCACCAACGUCUUGCAUGGAAAAUAACCCAACUAAUUCAACUUCACCACCAGCUUGUGUGGGUAAAAGUCCAAUUAAGUCAACAGAAUCAUCAUCACCUGUGUCUUGUGUGGAAAAGAGUCCAACUAAAUCAACUUCACCACCAGCUUGUGUGAUUAAAAGUCCAAUUGAAUCAACAAAGUCACCAUCACCUGUGUCUUGUGUACAAGAGAGUCCAAAUAAGUCAACAAAAUUACAAUCACCUGGUGGAACGUCUCCUGUAAAAAUUAUUACUUCAUCAAUGCAAACAGCAUUAGAAGUGACAGCAGAUUCAUCAUGUGACUUAAAAAAUUGUGCAGAGGAUAAAAUCCUUGAAGGCCAAGAAAAAAUAAUUCAAGUAGAGAACAGUGCAACUAUUUCUGAUCAUCAAUAUGCAGCUAAGGAACAGCCUGAAGAGAAGGAACAGGUGAACCAACCUGAUCAUAAAGCUGAAGAAGAGAAAGAAAUUGUUGAGCCAGAAAUUGUUGAAUCACAGAGCAAAGAGGUUAACAUUGAGGAUAAUAAGUCAAGCGUUAAAGAUGUAGAUAAUAAAAUUGAUGAAUCUACAGUAUCCUCAUUAACAUCAGAAAAAGAAACCUCAAUUGAUUCUCAAAAUGAAGCAAGUUCUGAUGUGUCAGAGAAAGAACAUAAUAGAAGUAUUAGCAGGGAACUGAAGUCUCUUAUUAAAUCGGCCAAGGAAUCAAAAAUUAUAAGUGAAUGUACUCAACUAACGAGCAAGACAAGAAAAUCUAGAACUCCCUUAGAUGCAAGCUUGACUUCUCUGGUAGAAGCAGAUAAAGUACAAGGUGUCAGACGUAGUAGUACCAACUCACAACUGAGCACAUGCAGUGAGAAAUCUGACAAGGCAAACAUUAAGAGAUCAAUGCGGUCGCAAAAUCCAGAAUUCGUUCAUAAGGAUCAACAGGACGGCAAACUUCGUUCAGAUUUAUUCUGCUGGCGUUGUCACUGGCAAGUUGAGCAAGGUGUUAACGAAAGGACACACCAUCCAAUGCUGUGUACCAUCUGCCCGAGAUCAUUCCACUACAAAUGCCUGUCUGGAACAGAGCGCAACAAAAUAACCAAUGAUAAAAGUUGGGUUUGUCCUGAGUGCCUUUCUGUAUUGAAUGCAGAAAGUUCUGAUACCAGAUCGCCGGCUAUGAAAAAAAUAUCGUUGGGCAUGCUGUGUGAUCUACUCAAAUUUGCAUUGGAACGCCUCAUGGAUUUUAAUGGGGCGGAACCGUUCAUGCAGCCGGUGGACCGGGCAACAUUCCCCGACUACGACAAAUACGUGGUGCAUCCGAUGGACUUGUCGCUCAUGAAGAAGAACAUCAGCGAGGGUCUGUACGGCAGCACUGAAGCUUUCCUAGCUGACACACAGUGGAUAUUUCAUAAUAGCAUCAUAUUUAAUACUUCGACGUCGAAGUUGACAGGACAUGCGCGUGCGCUGGUGCGCAUGUGUCGCACUGAGAUGGCGGAGAUCGAGGCGUGCCCGGAGUGCUACGCUGCUGCGCACGCGCGCCGACCCACCUGGUUCACUGACGUCUGCAGCACACCACAUAUUCUACUCUGGGCUAAGCUUAAAGGUUUCCCGCACUGGCCGGCGAAGGCGAUGUCGGUGAAUAACAGCGGGCUGGUGGAUGUGCGGUUCUUCGGUGCACACGACCGCGCCUGGGUACCUUCAAAGGAUUGCUAUCUAUAUUCUGAGAAGGAUCCCAAUAACUUUAGAACUAAACGACAAGAUAUACUUGAUAGUAUGCAAGAAGCAGAACUACACAUUCGCAAUAUAUCAAGAAAAUAUGGAAAAUUCGUGUACCCGCCUUUUAAAACACAAUUUGAUCCUACUAAAUUAAAUGAACAAUUAAAAAUGAUGAUUCCAUCAUUCGAUGGCGAAUUAUCUGUGGCGACGAAAGAGAAGUCAGGAGGUUCAACACAAAGUACUGGAAGAGACAAAAGUAGAUCUAAUUCUAAAAGUUCUAAGAGUUCCUCUACUCAAGACGGCGAUGUCAGUGAAGGAGAAGAAAUGUCUGUUACAAGAAAAAUGGCGGACGGCGCUGAAAUUGCUAAAGAAGAAGACUAUUCCAUUAACGAUAAAAGUAUGGAAGUCGAUAUGGUCUCACCGAAGAAGGAACCUUCUAGAAAACGUCGACGUUCUGAUUUAGAGGAAGCUGUUGUAACCAUAUUAAGUGUAAACAACAGUCCCGUCGCAGAGAAACGUAAACGAACUAAUGGUGAAGCUAAAGCAAUCAAAAGCGAAGAAAUUAAAGAAAAAAAUACAGCCACAGAUAAUAAACAAAUUGAAACAAUAAAAGAUGAAGUUAUGGACACCACAAACAAUGAUAAUGAACCGUCAAGUAGUACCAGUAAAGAAAAUACUACUGAUCCAACUUCACCUAAAAUUAUUAUAAAAGUAAAAUUACCCAAAAGCACUCCCAAAAAUAAAGAUAAAAAUAAUAUCGAAGAAAUGUCAACAACUAAAAAACAACCAAAAUUAGAUAAAUCAAGUAAUCUAGAGAAAGAUGACAAACCGAAGUCAGAAAAACGUAGAAAUUCCAAGAAUAAAGUAUUAAAUAAUAAUGGCGAUAAAAUUAUUAAAAUAAAGCAAUAUAGCUACGAGAAAAAGAUUGAUAAUUUAGAUAAAUCGGCUGACAAAGAUUUAAAAGAAGAUACAAACAACAAGAUUAAAGAACUAGAUGUAAAUAAAACUAAAAAAAAUAUACCUAAAACAAACUCUGAAGAACAAAAAUCAGCAAAUGCUGCACCCGCAGACGAUGACCUUAGCUUAGCUGUCAUAGCUCGGGAAUCUAAAACAAAUAUUAUUAAUAACAAUAUCACCGGAUUACCAACUAUCACUAGUGUUCGAAGUCUCUUGAUCCCGAAGAGUACUGAAAAUAGUUCUAAAAUAAUUAACACGCCUGCAACUACCACCUCAAUAGAAAUAACUAUAGAAGACACGUCAGAGUCAAGUAUUUUCACUCCAACCAGUACAGAUAAUGUACGUAAUAUGAAAGAAGCUGUCACAAAACUGCAAAAGUUAAGAAAUGAAACCGACCCUCCACCCGUUGGUCGAGUAGGCGUUCGUGCUUUCGCCCGAAUGUCCUCCUUAGAGAUUACACCAAAAGAAAAGAAUCCAAUACAAGUAGAAAUCAAAUCAGAACCCAUUGAUUUAGAUGACAUCGACAGACACAACGAAAAGAUGGAUCUAAUGAAUGCUUUCAAACUGCAACCGGUGAAUCCGCCCGUCUCUACUAGUUUACGUGAAGUUAGAAUAAACAAACUAGUUGUUGCACCAGUCAAUACACGAAAGAGUACGUCGAAACCUCCCGAGAUCCGAGUCCGGGCUAAGAAGACCUUCCCACAGCCUAAGAAGGCUGAUGAUGUGAGAUCUGAGCUUAAUGGCAAGAAUUCAAUGGUAUACAUACCUAUACAGCCGCCCAUAACACAGGCGCCGGUCAGAGGAGUCAGGCCGAUUGUCACCAACUGCCUUAACGCGCCCAAUGCAAGAUUGCCAGCUCCUGUUGUAACCUCGGCAAACGGCGUCAACCCCUGUCCCGUACUGCCGUUCAGCAUGCCAUCCUCGAUGCCCAAAGUUGGCCCGGCGACUACGAACACGUGCAACGUUCUGUCCACCGUGCCCACCGCUGGGCUGAACCCCAGCCCAGUACAGGUGCCUACAGUGGGCCAAGUGGCCACCAACGUCCACACCGUGCCAUUGCUCACAUCACUCAACGGACAGUGGACCUUCAGUCUACAGCCUGUCAUGUCUGUCGGGGGAUUAGAUGAUUCUUCCACGUCAGUACUAAACGGUAUGUCGGAGCGGUGCACUGCGGGGGUGAGUGCGGCGGGUGCGGGGGGACCGCUGUCCUCCUUCCCCUCGCCCCUGGCCCUCGCCUCCCCCAACGUGGCCUGCUCCACCCCGCCGGUGACGUCAGCGACGCCGGGGAGCAGGACUGACACCCCCGGAGAGUUGCCGCGUCUGCAGCAGCGGCCGCUACUGCACCCGCUGGACGCGAGCGCACCGCUGGGCUCUGUGCCGCCACCCUCCACCGCAGGACCCCUCACCGCCAAGCUCAACCAGAACGCAGUUAAGCUGACAGAUUUCUUCAGAACACUAUUGGAGGAGUCGCUGGAGAAGAUAGACGAACCCGCGGCGCAGGCGACGACAGCGCGCCUGCAGCUCGAGCAGACCAAGUGGCUGCACCAGCAGGAGAUCAGCGAACUGAAGCACAACCAUGAGCUGAUAGUUGCGGAGAUGCGCGCGACGUUUGAGAAGGAGAAGAGUCGUGCGGUGAACGAGGCGAGGCGCGCCGCUCAGCAAGAACUCGAGGCCGCCGUCAAACUUGCCAAGUCCAAGCAAUGGUGUUCGAACUGCAGCAAGGAGGCGCAGUUCUACUGCUGCUGGAACACCUCGUACUGCGACUACUCGUGCCAGCGCGCGCACUGGUCACAACACUACUCUGUCUGCACGCAGCAGAGACAGGACAACGAAGGGAUGGACGGGAGCCCGCCGGGUGAUGGCAACAAAUCCGCAGACUGCAACAAACCGAUGCCAGUGUUACAGAAGAGUGCGCCGACCGCGCCCACGCUGGCGCCAGUGCGCGUCUACACUCAUGAACAGAACACUCAGAAACCCUCCAUCAUAGUGAGUAUGUUUGAGGACUCUACUGGUAACCAGACUAUGAAGUGCGUAGGCACGUACAAGCCGGGACCGCCCAAACUAUCACCACUAAAUGUUAAUAAGAAAGUCACCCCGGACGAUAGCGCAAAAAAAGUGGUGACAUCAGGCGGGUACCUGAUCGUGGGGGGCACUGGGGGUCCGAGUAACGCGAUAACGCGCCGUCCCCCAGUGCAGUACUACACCUGAGAGCGACAGAACACCCUCCAGACCCCUUGUGAUAUUAUCGACUUGACAUUAGACAAUUAAAAACAUCAAGACUGAAGACAAGGAUGACAUGCAAUAACUGCCAAGCAAAUCUAUAGACCUUACAAAGUUUUCUGUGGAGUGAUUGGUGGCGCCACUGACGUAUGUAGCCAUCUUUGUUUGGUUUACUUACCCGGCAUUCAAUUUGGCACACCGGAACAAGGACUCUAUUUCUACUGAUGAGCCAACACAAGCGCUACUGUACCAUAGCUUAAAUUUUUUUGUAUUACAGAUACUUUUAGUCCUACAUAGGUUGGACUGAAGUCAGAUUAAUCAUUUUAAUUAUUAAUUCCUAUAUAAAUUGGCUAUUAAAAUUAGCUAAUUGAGUAAAAAAGUAACAUCCUGUUUCUAAAAUUUGUAAUUUUUUCCUGUAUCAAUGCAAUUUUACAAGAAUAUUUUUGUUUUGUCAAAUUGUUUCGAAUAACGGUGCUGUAUUUUUGUCUCUAAGUAAAAUCCCACCUAUAAUAAUUAUAAAAUUUUGACAAAUUGUAUAUCAUGUGCCCGAUAGAUGUGAAAUUAUGAAUAUUUUCAUAUAUUGUAAAUAAGAUCUUUUAACAGUACAUAACAACAACAAAAUUAUGAGAAAUGUAUCAUAAUAAAUAUUUGGAUGUCAAAAUACUCCACGGCUGGCUUUGCUGAGGUAAUAAGUAAUUUUAAUUAAUUUGGUUGUAUGUACAAAAUUGAUAGAUAAUAAGUUCGCUAGGUUCAUUGUAAAUCUAUUGUAAGUACUAAGAUACAUUUUAAAACAAUAUUAUAUUAUGUUUUGCAUUUGCAUUGUUCAGUUAUAUAAUAUGAAUAAUUAACCG